UUAAUCUUGAAGCUUACCAUGGCAUCCAAAUCGCUUUUUUGCAUUCUUGUUUUGGUGGUUCUUCUCUCAAUCCAAGCUGAAGGAAACAACAACAACUUCAACUUGGCUAUGGCAUCGAAAUCUCUCUCUGACAAAGGCUAUCAUGCAAUGUCCAUGAUCUUUGAUGUCUUCUUCAAGACCCACGAUGUUUCUGAAUGGUUAUCCGGCAAUUCCACGUUCACUGUGUUUUGUCCUCCCGACGGUGCGUUCUUCGCCUCCAAGUAUCCACAGCCGCCAUUGACUCUGCUUCAGUAUCAAGUUGUGCCUCUGAAGCUUGAGAGUGGGGAUCUGGGUUCUCUUCCUCAUGGUUCCAAGAUUGAUACUCUGCUUCUUGGCCAUCCCCUGGUUGUGACUACUCUACAAAGCCAAGAAUAUCCAUCCCUCAAUGGAGUCAAAGUUACCGAAUGGAAUCUUUAUAAUGAUGGAGGUUUGAUUAUUCAUGGCGUUGAUAACUUCUUUGAUCCUGCUUUCCAGACCCUGAUAUAUCCAUGGUUCGAUUUGAAGAACAAUAUCCACACAGAAGUAGUCAGUGGAUUUUCUUGGGUGAUAGGCAAAUUGAAAGAUACUUGGUUUUUGCUCUUAGCAAUGGCGGUGUUUGGUCUGGGUCUCUACUUUGUUUGCUGCUGCAAACAUAAAGAAGAUGGAUAUGAGUGUAUACAGCAGAAGGAGGAGGUAGUUGAUCAUGUUCUUGAUGUUAAAGUUGUUUAUGCUUAGUAAUUAGUUCAAUUAAAGGUGUAAUUGGGGUUGCUGGGUUUAAUUUUCUUUAAUUGAUUUGUUUAAUUCAAGAACGAAGUGUAAUUUGUUGAUUGUAAGCUGCUUUGCUUCUGUUGUACUGUCACAGAGCUUUCAAUAAGAAUUGGUCAGAGAGAGAUUUGAAGAGUGGAU